CCAGUAAAGCAAACUGCAGAGACCAAAACCCAUAAGUGACAGAUAGAAGGACAGCCAUCGAAGCAACCCGCUCUUCUUUGCUGGUUCGGUGUCAAGCAGCGGUGCUGGCUUCAUGACUCUCACCAUUUCCAGUGGAUAUGGCUAUGCCAGAAUACCAUGAAGUCACCCUGCCCAAACCUCACACAGGAGAGGGAGACAUACAAGAGGGUGGCUGCCUCUGCUCCAGAAAAACCAGCGAUUGCUGCCAUGGCGGGGAAGCCAGUUCUUCACUACUUCGAUGGCAGGGGGAGAAUGGAGCCUAUCCGGUGGCUUUUGGCUGCAGCUGGGGUAGAGUUUGAAGAAAAAUAUCUGAAAACCCGGGAUGACUUGACAAGGUUACGGAAUGAUGGGAGUUUGAUGUUCGAGCAAGUGCCUAUGGUGGAGAUUGAUGGGAUGAAGCUGGUGCAGACCAAAGCUAUUCUCAACUACAUUGCCGCCAAAUACAACCUCUACGGGAAGGAUAUGAAGGAGAGAGCCAUCAUUGACAUGUAUGCAGAAGGUGUGGCGGAUCUGGAGCUAAUGGUUCUCUAUUACCCCUACAUGCCACCUGGGGAGAAAGAGGAAGCCCUUGCCAAAAUCAAGGACAAAGCAAGGAACCGUUACUUCCCUGCCUUUGAAAAGGUGCUGAAGAGCCAUGGACAAGAUUAUCUCGUUGGCAAUAGGCUGAGCAGGGUUGAUGUCUCCCUGGCUGAACUUCUCUACCUUGUGGAAGAGCUAGACCCCAGCAUCAUGGCCAGCUUCCCUCUGCUGAAGGCCCUGAGAACCAGAGUCAGCAGCCUCCCCACAGUGAAGAAGUUUCUUCAGCCUGGUAGCCAGAGGAAGCCUUUUGAUGAUGAGAAAUGCGUGGAAUCAGUAAAGAAGAUUUUCAGUUAAAUCAAGGAGAUAAUGGAUCAUAGUACCCACAAGGCCAGCCUUCGAAGCUUUGCACCAGUGAAGUGUUUUGAUUAAAUGUUAAUGCUGCUUAUUGGGAGGCUAACAAGUAAGGCUUAUGCGUUAAUUCAUAUAGACAUGGACGAAGAAUUGCUGGGAUGCUAUUUGGCUGUAGUCAAAAUUGAAAUCAUGAUCACUUCCUAGGCUGUUUCCUUGAAUUUCAAUAAAGCAGAACAAGCUUCUUAGA